GGCGUUGUGUCUCAUCUUCCUCCCGCAUGAGUAGGCUGUCACUGCUGCUCAUCCUCCGAAUUCUCUCUCUUUUUCCUCUUCAUUGAUCUCAGACCUGCCUCUGUUCCUUUCACCACGAGAGCUCAAUUAAGCUUCAUCUUCGGAUUUAUCGCCUUCCCUUGUGCAAACUGAGACUGAGAUGGCUGUAGGCGUUAUUCAACGGUUAUUGAGGAGGAAACUCCAGUCUCAAUCUGCUUCUUCUUCCUUUUUAUCAUCGGUCAUCACGAAAAAAGAUGAUGCUGGCUCUACUGGCAGCAGGUCCUUGAGAGCACUUGCAUUAAUCGGUGCCAGUGUCUCCGGGUUUUUGAGUUUUGCUACGACAGCUUCUGCUGAUGAGGCUGAGCAUGGCCUGGAUUGUCCAAGCUAUCCAUGGCCUCACAAGGGAAUCCUCAGUUCAUAUGAUCAUGCAUCGAUUCGUCGUGGUCAUCAAGUUUAUACACAAGUCUGUGCUUCCUGCCAUUCUAUGUCCCUGGUAUCAUACCGUGAUUUGGUUGGUGUUGCUUAUACAGAAGAAGAGGUAAAGGCUAUGGCAGCUGAGAUUGAGGUGGCUGAUGGCCCUAAUGAUGAGGGUGAGAUGUUUACACGCCCUGGUAAACUCAGUGAUCGCUUUCCCCAACCAUACGCAAAUGAAGCAGCUGCUAGGUUUGCUAAUGGGGGGGCUUAUCCUCCAGAUCUUAGUCUCAUAACCAAAGCCCGCCACAAUGGUCAAAACUAUGUAUUUGCCCUUCUUACUGGUUAUCGUGAUCCCCCUGCUGGUGUUUCGAUUAGAGAGGGACUACACUAUAAUCCUUAUUUUCCUGGUGGAGCAAUUGCCAUGCCUAAAAUGCUUAACGAUGGAGCUGUUGAAUAUGAAGAUGGUACUCCUGCCACGGAAUCUCAGAUGGGAAAAGAUGUCGUGACGUUCCUUGCUUGGGCUGCUGAACCUGAGAUGGAAGAGAGAAAACUGAUGGGUUUUAAGUGGAUUUUUGUGCUGUCGCUGGCACUUCUUCAAGCUGCCUAUUUCCGCCGAUUGAGGUGGUCAGUUCUGAAGUCUCGCAAGCUGGUCCUCGACGUUGUCAACUAGCCAUCCUCAACUUCUAUUUUCACUUCAGAAGAGAUUUCCGUUGGCAAUAAUUUUGUCAGAUCAUUAUGCUGUCGCAUCAUGUCUAAUUCGUUCGACACAAUUAGUGGGUAAUGGAGCAUCCAGAACCGGAAGAGUCUUGGAUUUUUGUUUGGCAGUAAUAAGCUGUAAAAACUUCUAUCUAUGCGAGACACUAAUACGGUUUUCCCGCUUGCCUCUUGUGCUACACCGCACCAACGUAGUUUGAUUCAUUCUCUCUAUUUAUGCAAAUGGCCUGAUAGGGUGGCAAGUGACCUUUAUCUCUUAGGGCAAAAGAAUGAUAUACAAUAGGGUCGAUGUGGCCUCCGUGGAAACAACGGUUCUUUCUCUUUCUCA